AUGGUGGAGACGAUGCUGGCGUCACGCCUGCAGCAGCCGGUCGAGCCGCCAUGGCCGACCCAGCUCGACCCCGACUAUCUGGUGACUCAGGCCGAAGGCGUGGCGGGCGCGUUCACUCUUUGCGAUCGAUGCUUCCGGGGCCCAGUACUCGUGGCCUUUGGCGCCGAGUACAAGCUGGAGGCCAGCGCGGCGGCGGGGACGUCGGCCCGGAUCGACAUCCCGCCUGUCGCACUGCCGCUGUUUGGCCCACGGUCGUCGACGGCCAAGGACUUAAGCGGUGGGUGGGCAAGUCUGCCGGGCGAUCGGUUCCGCGAGACCAACAAGCGGCAGGUGCGGCAGCUGGCACGCAAGCCGGACGCGACGCCGGUGCUCAUCGGGACGCACGCGCUCAUCUUUCUCCGCAACGCCCUUGACUCGGUGCCGUAUGUGACAUCCGAGUCGAGGGCGCGUACCUUUGGCUGGCUCGCUAACAAGUGGGUCGACGAGGCGACUGGGGCCCGGCCGUUUGCCAUGAGCGGCUUUGGCAAGUGGUUCAAGGAGCACAGCCGCUCACCGUGA